AUGAGUUGGCCGGUGCGGAGGCAGCCUAGCCCUUUGAUUGUUUCCUCUGUUGAAGCUGAAUGGGCCUCUAGGAUUUGCGACUGCUGCGACAACAAGAAAGAAUGCUGCUUUGCGUUCUGGUGCUGUCCCUGUUUUGCCUGCAAAACCACUAAACGGUUUGGACAGUGUCUCUGCCUCCCCCUGCUGGAUAUCUUCAGCUGCUGUCAUCCCAUCACCAUGUCAAUGAGAGUCUCUGUGCGGCACCGCUACAGCAUCAAGGGCAGUUUGUGCAAAGACUGUUUGUGCUCCACCUUCUGUUUGCCCUGCGUCUGGUGUCAGAUGUCCAGAGAGAUGAAUGAACAGCAACUCCCUACCGUGUUUAGUGACAUAUUUAACCGCUGAUGACAUCAUCACUGUGACAUCAUCACUGUGACUCAAACCUACAGUCAUUGAUUAACUAAUUAACUAAUACCAAUAAUCAUUUUGACAUCUACAUUAAGUUGAAUAUUGUUUACAUGCUCACACUUGUAUUAAUUAUCUGCUUUGAACAAACUGUAUUUAGUUAAAUAUUUGUUUUCUUCACAUUCUUGAUUUUUUAUUUCAUCAAAUAUUUUAUACUUUUCAUUUAAUUUAUUUUGUAUGUUUUUAAGUUUUUGACUCAGCGCACUAUUAUUCUUUAUUUAUUCAUCUGCACUUAUUAAGUACUAAAUGUAUCUUGAUAUUCAAUAAAAUA